AUGGGUUACAUAGACGGCUCCAUUAGACCACCAAGUAAAUACAUUGGUGAAGGUAUAAACUCCACUUUGAAUCCUGAGUUUGCUUUAUGGGAACAACAAGACCAGUUAUUGCUAAGCUGGAUCUUGUCCCCUUUGACUGAAGGCAUCCUUGCCCAAGUUGUUGGUCACAACACCUCAAAGGCAGUCUGGGAUGCCCUCUCUCGACUGUUUGCUUCCAAAUCUAGAGCACGCACAGUGCAACUGCAUUUUGAAUUGAUGCAUCUCAAGAAAGGCAACUUAACAAUGGCAGAUUACUUACAGAAAGCAAUGCUGAUUGUUGACAGCCUUGCAUCAAUUGGAGAGAUUCUGUCUGAUGCUGAAAUCAUCCAAUAUAUCCUAGCUGGGGUAGGACCUGAUUAUGAAGCCUUUGUUACCAUUCUCCUCCUUCGUCAUGAUGACUAUUCACUUGAAGAAAUUCAGGCUUUUCUCAUAAAUCAUGAAAUCAGAAUGGAGCAUUCAAACCUCUUAUUUGAAUCUAUUCAACCCAUUGCACAUGUGGCAGCCAGUGCUAAGUCUGGAACCCUGCGGAAUGACAACCAAAAGCAUAAGGAUAAAUUGUCUGAGAAUCCUAAGGGACGAAAGCCAAAUCCUUAUCAAGGUUUGCUUAUUAAGCAUACUGGAUUUUCUAGCUUUUCUUCUUCUUCUCGAAAGUUUAUUUUGCAUGAUGUCCUUCAUGUUGCAAAGAUAACAAAGAACCUUCUUUCAGUUGCCACUUUCAUUGGUGAACGGACCUCCAUUGACAAUUGGCAUGCACGUCUUGGGCAUCCAGUUGCACUUGUGCCGCAUACAAGUUCCAAAGAUGUUGCAUCUCAGCCUACAUCUUCCUCUUCACUGUCAUUGGUUCCUAAUGGUGACAUUUCAGCACCUAUUGAUACUGUACUUGUGGCUUUUGCCUCUCUUGACACCUUAAUGCCUUCUCAAGCAGCUGAUGGUUCUCUAUCUUCUUCUUCUGUCAGGUAUGCUGCUCCACCCUCUUCACUCAACACAUAUCCUAUGGUUACUAGAAGCAAAGCAGGCAUUUUUAAGCCGAUAAGCUAUAUAGCUUCUGCUCAUCCUUUGCCACCAGAUGUUGAGCCUACUCAUUUCUCUUCAGCUUACAAACACCCUAAGUGGCGUGAUGCCAUGCAUGCAGAAUUUGAUGCUCUCAAGAAAAAUGAUACUUGGGUUUUGGUUCCACGCCAAUCUUACAUGAAUCUUGUAGGAUGUAAGUGGGUCUUUCGCCUAAAACACAACCCAAAUGGGUCUAUUUCACGUUACAAAGCUAGGUUGGUUGCUAAAGGCUUCAAUCAACGUGAAGGUCUUGAUUACCAUGAGACGUUUAGCCCAGUAGUCAAACCUACUACCAUCAGAGUGAUCCUCUCAGUUGUUGUAUCCAAAAACUGGGAUAUUAAGCAAUUGGAUAUUCAAAAUGCUUUCCUACAUGGUACUCUUGAAGAGGAUGUGUUUAUGAAUCAACCUCCUGGCUCACUGGGAUGUCAUGGCCUGUUUCUAUCCCAGCGCAAAUACACCAUUGAUUUACUUCAUCGUGCAAAGAUGGAUGUUGCCAAGCCUUCCUCUACCCCUAUGGAGUCCUCCCUGAAGCUUAGUAAGUCAUAUGGUAUUUCUCUUUCUGCAUCUGAUUCCUUCUUAUAUCGCAGUAUUGUGGGUGCAUUAAAGUACCUUACUUUCACAAAACCAGAUAUAGCUUUUGUUGUAAAUAAGGUGUGCCAGUUUCUCCACUCUCCUUCCAGUGCACUGGUCAACUGUGAAGCGAAUAUUUCGGUAUCUUAA